AAUACACAUCUAACAGUUCGUGGCAUAAAGAUUAAGUUACUUUGAGACGUCACGAGAGGACCACGUGCUUCCGAUUGUGUGAUGACAUUGCGAUGCAUUGUUGAAGUCAUAACUGGAUAAAGAAAUCUAAAUCAUUAUAAAGAGUGUGAGACUAGGUUAUUACGGCAGGCAAUUUCAAUUUAAACCCCAGUCCCGUAGCCUGUCCAGCGCAGUGAAAAAAUGCCGAUUCUGCAGAAUAGUAAGUUAAUUUAAAAAUGAUAUUUCUCUGACAUGCAAUAGCCUAUCCUUCUUUCCAUCCCUCUGUCUUUUUUUGUAAAAAAAAAAAGAAGAUAUUCCCCUCAUCUCAUACCGCCCUGAGUACCAUAAACGCCAAGACAUUAAUCUAUGCAGUGACAGCCAGGAGAAGAGGUUCUGAUCACCCCGUAACCGACACGCACACACACGCGCACGCACACGCGCACGCACACACUGAGCGACCCAACACUGCCUCUCGUUCCGUUCUCCCGUUUCAGCUGAACGAUCAAGUUACGGGCUAUGGAAAUGUUGCAUGUGAACGGGGAGAGAGAGGGGUAGAGAGAGCGCGCGACUGCAGCAUCAUUUUAGAGCAAGCAGCAGCAAGCCCCGCACGUAAAUGCAGUGCAGUAGAACGUGCAGGUGAGAGAGGCAGAAGGAAAAAAGAGAACUAGAGAGGGAGGAAUCGAACAAGGGUAUGCGGGACUCUUGGAAAAGACGCAGUUUUCCUCGGUUCAUUACCGAAACAUCCCAACAAACGCUCACGGAAUUAUAGUUUUACCGGUUUGUUGACGUCGGGAUCUCUUCACUUUUGACAAGAACCGUUGCUGAUGUGAGCUCGAGGCUCCUGGUUCCGUUUAGAUUAUUAUUCUGUCCUGAGGAAGUCGGUGUGAAAAGCACUCUUGUCUCGUGAAGUUCCGUGAAGGCAUCCGAUCAACGGCUUGGCACGUUGCUUCACUGCGGGAAAAAGGCACACGCGCAGCUCCCCGAUUCACGCGGUAGAGCAAGAGGUAAGAAGACCAACAUUUAGCUCUAAUCAAGUAACCUAUCAGAAGACUAUACAUUUUUUAAAACAUAUUUCCCCCCGCUUUUUGGAUCUAAGUUCUAUGUGUUUUUCUUUUCUAAUCCGGUGUCCUGAGCCAGAGUCGUGGACAGUUUUCUUUUGUGGGUAGUGCUGCAUUGCAGUUUCUCUCCAACUCGUGUAACCCGCCGAGAGAUCCCCUUCUACCGGAACGAGACCGGAAUGAAGCGAAAUUACUAAUGGACUAAUAAAAUUGUUAACUAUAAAUACUGAGUCCUCGAGAGAGGCAGGACUGGAAUAACGUUAAUAUCUCUACCAUAAAACGGAGCAAGCGAGAUAUACAGUGAAUUGGAUUCAUUAAUUUGAGUGGAUGAUUUGGUUUUAUUCUUCUCUUUUCCUGCUGGAGGGAUUUUCGGAUAUGUUUGUGCUUUGAACAUCCCCAAGAGAUUUGGAGGAAUUAUAAACAGUUUAUGUCUAAACCACUCAACAAUAAAGUAAGAGAAAGAAAACACUUCAACCUAAGUGAACUGCACAGUUAUCAGAGAGAAAGCUUUCCUGGACCCUAACAGCCUAAACUGCGGAGGGGAGUGAGGGAGGGAGAGAGAAGAAAGGAGAGAGCUCGAAUGAGUGUGAGAGAAUAUCAGUGAUAUACAAUAGGACAGACACACGUAGGGUAAGAGAACAAAGUGGUAUACAGCAAGUAAAUAUCCAGACAGACAGGGGAUAGGGAGUGAGAUAGAGCCAUGAGGAGGACAGGAGUAGGUGUUGGUGGGGGUGGAUCAUUGUUCUGCUGCUUGGUAACAGGACCGGGGGCGUUGUUCUGCCUUAUAGUACCUCUACUAACGCUGACUCAGCUUCCGCUAGCCGACUCAGCGCUCCGUUACCGGGUGGCAGAGGAGGGUCCCCCGGACGUCAAGAUCGGUAACGUGGCUGCCGACCUUGGCCUAACCGCCGGCACCGGCUCUGGGGAUGUCACGUUUGCCCUGGAGAGUGGCUCUGAGUUCUUCAAGAUUGAUAACGUUACUGGGGAACUGUCGACGGGACAGAAAAGGAUUGACAGGGAGAAGUUGACCCAGUGUCAGUUGAUCUUCGACGAAAAUGAGUGUUUCCUGGACUUCGAAGUGUCUGUGAUUGGUCCGCUGCAGAGCUGGGUGGAUCUCUUUGAGGGCCGCGUCGUCAUCACUGACAUCAACGACAACACACCCUCUUUCCCAUCACCUGUACUCACACUCUCUGUCGAGGAGAACCGGCCAAUCGGCACACUGUACCUGUUACCCACCGCAACGGACCGCGACUUCGGACGCAACGGAAUCGACCGUUAUGAGUUGAUUCAAGAUGGCGGUUCUUCCGGGUCGCCAGUGGGGUCAGGGUCAGGGUCGACGAGGAGAGCAGCCGGCGGACCAAUGGGAAGAGCAGAUGGAGCCGGCGGAGGCGCAGGAGGGGGCGAUAGGAGGAGAGGAGCGGUGGAUAACAACGGAGGUGGAGGAGGCGCAGGAGGAGGUGUGAGAAGCAGUGUGUUUGAGCUCCAAGUUGCCGACACUCCCGAUGGCGAGAAGCAGCCCCAGCUGAUCGUAAAAGGCCCAUUGGACCGUGAGGCGCGGGACUCCUACGAACUGGUCUUGCGAGUCCGCGAUGGCGGGAACCCUCCACGAUCUUCCCAGGCUCUCCUCCGCGUUGCCAUUACCGACGUCAAUGACAACAGCCCGCGCUUUGAGAGAGCUGUCUAUGAGGCUGAAAUGGCAGAAAAUGCGCCGCCUGGAACCCCUGUCCUCCAAGUACGAGCUUCGGACCGCGACGUCGGUGUCAACGGCCAGGUAGAGUACGUCUUCGGGGCGGCCACGGAAUCCGUCAGACGUCUUCUCCGACUGGACGAGGCCACCGGAUGGCUGAGCGUCCUUCACCGGAUUGACCGGGAGGAAGUGGCUCAGCUGAGGUUCACGGUCACGGCGAGGGAUCGCGGUCAGCCGCCGCGCACUGACCGGACGACCGUCGUCCUGGCGGUACGAGAUGAGAACGAUAACGUGCCCGUCGUGGAGAUCAGGAAAAUCGGACGAAUCCCUGUGAGGGACGGGGUGGCUUUGGUGCCUGAGAAUGUUCUUGUGGAUACGCCGAUUGCACUGGUUCAGGUUUCUGACCGCGACCAGGGGGAGAAUGGAGCGGUUACAUGUACGGUGGUUGGUGACGUUCCCUUCACAUUAAAACCGGCUGGAGAAGCAGCCUUGUUGCCUCUGCCGGCGGAUGAUGCUUUUGACAGGAACCGUAAGAAGUACUUCCUCCACACAUCCGCCCUUCUGGACUACGAGGUGACUAAAGAGUACAGCGUCACCAUCGUGGCUGUAGACUCGGGAUCGCCUUCGCUCUCCUCCAACAGCUCCCUCAUGGUCAGGGUGGUGGACGUCAACGACCACGCGCCCACCUUUGCGCAGGCCGUGGUUGAAGUCCAUUUCGCGGAGAACAACCAGCCCGGAGAACGGGUGGUCACCGUGGUGGCGGCGGACGCCGAUUCCGGUAAAAACGCUGAGGUUGUGUACUCACUGGAUCCGUCGGUUAAUGGCGCUUUCUACAUCGAUGCAGAUAACGGGGACAUCCGCGCGACGGGGGUUCUCGACCGGGAGGUGCGGGAGAGGUAUGAGUUCCGGGUGAUCGCCAGGGAUAAGGGAGCCCCCUCCCUGCAGGGGUCGGCCACCGUGGUUGUCAUGGUGACUGACCGAAAUGACAAUGCGCCAAAGUUCGUCCAGGAAGUGUUCACAUUCUAUGUGAAGGAGAACCUUCUUGCCAACAGCCCUGUCGGCAUGGUGACAGUAACUGAUGCGGACGAGGGCGAGAAUGCAGAGUUGAGUCUCUUCGUGGAGAUGGAUGAAGAAGAGACACUGAUGGAUGGGCAGGUGGAGGGAGGAGAUGGGGAGAGGACCGAUGGAGGCGAGGAGGGAUGUAGAGGAAGGUGUAAAGAAAAGUUCUCAAUCGAGAACAACACUGGGACUAUCUUCUCCUCUGCGUCCUUUGACCGUGAACGCCGCUCCACCUACACCUUCCGCGUCCGAGCUGUUGACGGCGGCGACCCUCCUCGCUCUGCCACGGCGACCGUCUCGCUCAUCGUGACCGACGAGAACGACAACGCCCCGUCCGUGAUCUCUCCCACGAACGAGUCCUACACCCUUCUCCCGCCGGCGUCGGGCGCCCGAACCAUCGUCCGGACCGUGGCUGCGUCAGACUCCGACUUUGGCCGCAACGCAGACCUGCGCUACUCGCUGGUUGGAGGGAACCCCUUCCGGCUGUUCGAGAUCGGCUCGGCCAGCGGGGUCAUCACCGUGGCGGAGCCUCUGGAGCGGAGACACCGGGGUCUUCAUCGCCUGGUUGUCCGGGUCAACGACAGCGGGGAGCCUUCGCUCUGCGCCACGGCGCUAGUGCACGUCUUCAUCAACGAGAGCUUGGUCAACGCCACUCUGGUGGAUGCUCAGGUGGCUCGUAGUUUAGCAGCCCCUCUCUCUCUGGACAUCGCUGGCGACCCGGACAGCGAGAGAGCACUGGGGAAACAACGCCUCUCAGUGGCCAUUGGCGUCCUGGCAGGUGCCGCCGCCGUCAUUCUCGUCAUCCUCCUGGUGGUCACGGCGCGUCAGUGCGGUGCCCAGGGCAAGAACGGCUACGAGGCUGGGAAGAAAGAACCGGAGGAGGACUUCUUCAGUCCGCAGCCGGCUGUGCCCCAGGCCAGGGGAGGAACAUUAGACCGCGGACGGAAGCCCCGCAGGGACAAGCGCAAUGGCACGGGAGGUACGGGAGGAGCCGGCAACAAAACAGAACACUCGCUCUACAGCGGCAUCGUCACGGUGAACGGGCUCCGCCGGCACGGCAACGACCACCACAUGGCCAGCAUCGACGACGACGAGGACGAGGACAUGAGCGGCGCUAGCGAGCGGCUGGCGGCACGCUACUGCGCUGUUGACGGUGACCCCGGGAGCCCCCGCAUGGGCUCCCGGCGCCACCAGUCCAGCCCGGACCUGGCCCGGCACUACAAGUCCAGCUCGCCCCUCCCGGCGGUCCACCUGCAGCCACACAGCCCGCCGGCCGAGGGCAAGAAGCACCAGGCGGUGCAGGAGCUGCCGCCGUCCAACACCUUCGUGGGGAGCGGAGGAUCCGGCGGGAGCGGCAGUGGGGGGAGCGGGAACGCCGACGCCAUGUCACUAGGGUCGGACCAGUGCUCCGAGUACGGAUGCCAGACGGGAAACAAGUACAGCAAACAGGGGACCCUCCGACGGGUAACAUUCUCGGUGGUGGCUGGGCCCCAGGAUGGCGGCUGCUAUGACAGCGGUCUGGAGGACUCCGAGACUCCCAGCAGUAAGGGCUCCUGUGGACCCCGCCUGGGGGCCCUUUCGUUGCCUGAAGAGGGGUACGACCGGACCACCCCGGAGGGCAGCGUGGGCGAAGAGGAGCAUGUGGAGAACGAUGCCAGGCAGCUUCCAGAUGUGGCCCUGACAGGAAAAUGCACCAGGGAGUGUGACGAGUUCGGACAUUCUGACACCUGCUGGAUGCCCGCCACCAUCCGCCCGUCACCCCGGCAACGCCAGCGCCACGGCAGCGAGCCGCCCCGCCUGUCCACGUUCACGUCCCCCGGCAACGACAACAACAACAACCGCGACGACGACGACGAUGACGACGACGACGAGGAAGACAGCGACAGCGUGAGCGGCGGCAGCGCCGGGAGCUCGGAACCGGGCGUGGUCAGCGUAGGGGUCGGUGGCGCGGGUCAGAGGUUACCGCUGGGAAACGGGGAUCCUCUCGGCAGCCUGGUGGGCGGAGACGGCUUGAACAGGAACAUGGGCGACCACAACCGGAACCUGCUCAACCGGAAGAUGACGUCGGCAUCGUACGACACGUUCAGCUCUGCCGGGUUUGGGAGACGGCAUCAGGAGGAGGAAGGCGGCGUUCAGGGCGGGGUCAACCCCCCAGAGGUCAUUCCACUGACGAGGACGGGGGACUACAAGACCACGUCAUGCCUCACGCUCUCCCGUAGAGAGGUCUACCUGUGAGAGGAGGGGGAAUGGGUCGCUCCACUGCUGGGUCACCCCCAUUUCUGACUCAAUGGAAUGAUCCACCCUGUUGGUUCUCUAAACACCGGAAAGGUCCAUUAUUUAAUUUUUUUGAGAACUUUGACCAGCAGCAGAUCGUGACUGGGGGACAUGGGACCAGUCAUGUUUUUGAUUUGCAUUGUUGAGACUGACCAGCAAAGGAUACGGACAUCCAGAAACUACAAAAAGAAGAAUAGAAACUAGGACACUGAACUCCAAGAAGAAAAGACUACGAGGUGUGUCGAAAAAAAAUGAGAAAAGGUGUUGAUUAUACUGAACUCCUUGCCAAAAAAUGAAUCUAAUCUGAACUUUUGGAUGCUAAACACUUCAUAUUUAUAUGGAUUGAUGGUCUUUGUCAAAGGAAGAGCAGAUGGUGCUCUGGUGUGACAUUCUGACUCUUAAUCUAAUCAGAACUCUGGGUAGAAGUUUCUCUCAAACACAGAUCUAGGAUCAGCGUACUCCUACCUGGAUCCUAAGAAUUGGAGCAGAGCAACACAAUACUGACUUUAGAUCAGUGUCAAGUGGAAACUUCUCUUUUUUUUAUUCUCUUUAAACCUAAUCAGAUGCAUGCCUAACCUCCCACCAGCGGGGGAGCUGUGGGGAAAGUAAGACUAAGGAACUGGCCCUGAUGCCAUGCAAGCCUCAGGACUGAUGGGACACUCACUGAGAUGGAUGGAUCGAAAUCGAUCUGGCCAUUCAGAGCACCCAUGGAGGGUUAGCCAGUUGAACGACAGCCGUCGUUGUAAAAUCAUUUUCAAUGGACAUUAUGCUAAUCAAUCAAAUGUGAUUUAAAUCUAACCCACCAACCAUCACAUGGCUAUUGCGAUAUUAACCAGUCACACAACGAAAAUUAUCAGAAUCUAACCAAUCACAAACAUUUUUUUUCCCGUAGCAUUUAGUCAGGUCCUUUAGAAGGGGGACAUGGACUUACAAAAACAGAACUGAUUGAAUAAACAUCAGGUAUUUUGAAAAAACAUACAAGAAGACUGAGGAGGGAUACAAGAAAAGCUAAUAACAACAACAACAUUGCGUUUUUACUGAGCUCUUAACAUUCGGUGUACAAGGUUCACACUAAUGUCCGUGCCAAUUUUACUGUAGCGUUGUCUUAUGAAAAAUGAAACUUCCGCUGUCUCUCUGCCUCAGACUCUGUAUAUGUAUAUCUUAGAGUCGGUGAAGUUGCCUCUAGACGGAGCGUGGGCGAACCUAGGUGCUGUCAGCCAAUUAAGUCAGGUUUACAUUGGGGAGGAAAUUGGAAUUUUGGCUUUAGCAGUUCCGGCAGGAUUUGAACAUUCUAAAACUGGGAAGUGUGCAGAACCGAUAAUGGACCUAUAUAUUUUCACAUAACGGGACACGAUUCGGUCGACGUUUUUUGUGUGCAGCUCUCUGUUGAAUUUCCAGACCUCGAUGUGGUCAAGUGGUUUCACCAUCCCCGACCCAGAGGCUGAUGUCAGAUCACUCCGGGAUCUGUAUCUAGGGGAAACUUCACCUCAUAGCCUUAGACUGAGAUAGCACUGUCCCCAUUCGUAAUGGACAUUGUACAUGACUCCACAGCCUGACACACACACACACACACAUACACCCACACACACAGAGGGUAUAGAUGCUUAGAACUAUACUUUCACAUAAUAACAUAAUUGCCUCUCUGAAAACUAGUUGUACCAUUUUGCCUGAUCCCCUCCACCCCCUUUCCUUCAUGCAGUAUGUAAACAUGAAAUGUAUUUAAAUAGGUAUUCAUAUUUCAAGACAUUAAAGGGACGUUUUUGUCUAUAUACUGGCUAUACAUUAAAGGGAUAUUUAAAAUAUUCCUCUAACUGUAAGUAGUAGCUAAGUCAUAGAACAAACCAAAUGUUCUGUAAAAAGAAAAACGUAUCUUUUUUCCUGCAUGAAAGAAAACGGCUAAAUGCUCAUUCGGGUUUUUUGAAAACCGGAUACCCUAUUUUUUUUGUGGGGGGGGGGUGGGUGACGCCUCUUUGAAAACAUGUAGUAUAUAUGUAGAAGUGUGUGUUGGUGAAGAGGCAGGGAGACAGGCGUGGAUGAGAGUGAAAGGCUGUGGACAGAGACCAUCAGUGUGUGAAGUCACAUCCUUGUUAUUCUCAAGGAGUGGAUGAGAGGGAGCGAGAGGGCGUGCGCGUGCGCGUGCGACCUUGACCCCAUGUGUGAGGUUAACAGCAGCGGCAUUUGAAAAGAAAAUUUGAAAAAAGCCUCGCGCCGAACGGACGCUUAAAACUGUGGCGUCCGGACGCUGCUUCUAAACAGCCCAGAGAGGCGACCCGUCGGGAACGCGGUCAAAAUGAAGCCAGGGGAAUGAAUGGCCCCGUGCAGAGAGAGAGCCACUAUUGCUUUUGUUAAACACAAACCAACUCUCAGGUAAGAUGGGCCAAUGGUGUGUAUAAUACUCUGGUGGGUGCGUAGAAUAACCCACUGGGCGUCUUUAUAAAUACAGUAGCACGAAGGCUCCCAUAGAAAACACUAGAAUUAGAAUCCACGAGAAUUAGAAUCCGGUAGAAUUAGAAUUGCGUUGUAUUUCUAUGUUUGUUCCUCUCUCGCUCUCUCGCCCUACCCGGAUUUCUAUACCAAUGCUGUUUUUUGAUAGACAGACACGCUGACCUUCUCGCCACCCCCGUCCUCACUCCAACGUCCACUUUCGUCUCCUGCCGUCUCCGAACCUUCUGUCCUCCUCUGGAGGUCUGCGAUUGGUAGUACCGAGUCAUUGAUGUGCCGAUGCCACAACGGACUUAACGUUCUGUGCGGGUUGCAGUUCCGGGCUCGUUGGGUCCGAGCUAGGGUGCUCAAAGCGGAUUGGGAUCGGCCCAUGCCAAAAUCCUUGUCGGGUUUUCUGGCUCUCCCUUCAGCUACUGACAAAUAAAUACUGCCUCCGGACCUCAAGAAAUCCUGGAACCGGGAGAAGGAGUGGAACUCGGUGGCCACCAACCGGCCAAGAGAACUUUGUUACGGGGGACUGAAAACAGCUCGGGGGAUCUGUGUGUCCAGCAGGGCAGAUCACUUCCUUCGGGCGUCAAACUGCUGUUUUAAUGCAGUUUUUUUCCUGUCCUUUCAUAAUACCCUACUACCAGUCUUUCCUUACCCAGACUAAUACAGACCUAUAGGAACAGUGUAAAUAAACCUGACUUGCAUCCUAAAUGGGCCCCUGUCCCCUGUCUAGUACACAACAUUUUACACGAGGAGCCCCUCUGGCUGUGAUCCACUACUUAGGGGACAGGGUGUCGUUGGGGACGCGGAGCCUGCGAGAUAGAGUGUGUGUGCGUGCGUGCGUGCGUGCGUGUGUGUGGGUGUGUUUUUAUAUACUGCACGUUUAAAAAACAACUUCAUUAAAUUCUCCUCGGCCCGGAUAGAUGGGCCCGGAGAGGGAGUGGGCGGCAGCAUCAUAACAAGCUUAAUGACGUCUUAACGAGAUAUUUGCACCCAUUUAGAACUUUCUUUUGUUAGAGGAAGAUAUUUGUGUAUUUAAAGGCACAUCCUGUUGUGUGUCCCAAUAAGUGCCCCUUUCCCUAUUUAGUGCACUUCUUUUGACCUGAGCUAUGGGACAAAAUAGUGCACUACUUUAAGUGAUAGGUACUAGGGGGCGUUUUGGGGUGGGUCCCUGCUCAUACUCUUCCUCCCCAUGGAUCAUCUAAUGUAUGUAUAGAACCGUAAAAACUACCCAGUAGAACCGAGGGACCCGCGGAACCGAGAACAACGUGAAUAACAGACAAAAUGGCAUGUUUUACCUGUUUCAAUUCUUGCACUUAUUAAAAAAAAACAAAAAAAUAAAGAUUACAAAAAUUAAAUAAAAAAAUACUUUUAUUUUUUUUAAUUCUCUAUUUUUCUUUAAUUGUUCUGUGUGGGUGGCAACGCAUCUUUGUUGCUGCUCUAUUAUUAACUGUCAUUCAUUAUUGAACUAAUUGCAUUUGCUAAUGAAGACGUGGAGGAGUGGUGUGUCCCUAAAUGACACUCUUAUUCCCUACGCUGUGCCUGCGCUCCCGGGGUUGAACGUAGACCACUGUGGUGGGAAUAGGACACCAUUGAGGCUGCAGGUGAGAUUAUGUGACAGAAAGGUUGAUGAUGGUGAUUAUCAUGGUGAUUAUCACAGUGAUUUUCAUGUUGAUUAUCAUGGUCAUGAUGAUAAAAUGUGUAUAAGUUUGACUUUGACAUUAAAAGCUCCUUGAAACCUCC